GUAGUGGUAGUGAAAAGGAAACACCAGUUUCGACCUCUCAAAGUCCCCCAAAGACAAAAACCCUAAAGAUGUCAAAGAAACGUUUCAAUCCGUUGGAAGAUCCGCCGAAUGCAUCAUCAAGCGACGAAGACAACGACGAGAUGGAGGCGGCAGGAAACUCUUCCUCGGAAGAAGAAACUGACGAUGAUGAGUCAUCCUUGAAGAAACCAGAGUCUGCUCCUCCGGAGAAGAAGCAUCAACCUUCCGAUUCCGGGUCCGGAUCCGGAUCCGGGUCCGAUGAAGAAACCGAUUCCGAUUCUCAAACCGAGAGAAAGAGCUCCUCCGCUGUUAAAUCCCUCACCACUGGAACGAAGGACUCAGCGGUGGCGGUGGCGGCGAAGAAGAAUCACGAUUCCGACAAAAAGGUGAAACCUUUGACGAAGUGUUCGACAAAGAAGCGUUCUUUGAGUGAUACAGAUGGAGCAGCAGCUGAAGCCAAGAAGGCCAAGACUACUGUUACAGGAGAAGAGUCGGCGAAGAAGUCCUAUUUCCAACGCGUCUGGAGCGAAGAAGAUGAGAUUGCUGCUUUGCAAGGGCUUAACGAUUACAGAGACGAGACUGGUGCGAGUCCUUACGAUGACACGAACGCGUUUUAUCUGUCUGUGAAGAAAUCUAUCAGCUUUGAUGUUAGUAAAACCCAACUCUUGAAGAAGCUUUGGGGUUUGAAGACCAAGUAUGAGAACAAUCUUGGUAAGGAGAAGAACGGAGAGGAGGUGGCGUUUUCUAAGCCUCACGAUCGAAAGGCCUUUGAUUUGUCCAAGUUGUUUUGGGGAGGUGAUGGGGUGGCUUUGGAUUCUGCUGUCAAGUCCAAUGGGAAGAAGUCGAAGAAGAGCAGUAACUCGAAGAAAGUCGAGGAGGAGUCAGAGAAGGUGGCUUUGGAUUCAGCUAAUGGGAAGUCGAAGAAGAGCAGUUCGAAGAAAGUCGAUCCCGAGAAGAAAGAGCUAGUUUCUUCUUCUUCGCCCAAUGGUAAAAGCUGUGAAGAAGAGGUGGUUACUACUAAUAAACGAGAAGCUUCUCCAUUGGGUAUUGUUGCGGAAGUGGAUGCUGCGUUUGAGAAGUCUGGUCUUGUUAAGGCAGUAGCGCGUUUUGGCGUGGGUGAUAUUACUGCACAGCAAGGUUGGAGUAGGCUUGCCUUAGAGGAUAAGAAGAGAUUCGAGGAGGAGUGGAAAGUCUUGCAGCUUAGGGAGCUCGAGCUCUAUUCCCAGAAGAGCGGUUUCAUUCAUGAGGUUGUAGCAAAGAUGGCUGAAUCAUUUCAACCAAACCCUUAAAGACAUGUGAUUUUGGUUCUGCCGUUUUUAUGUUUUGUCCUUUCUAUUGAUUCUUGAAGUGUUCAUUUUGGAAUAUUUGCGGAUUUAUUAAUAUCAGAAAUCAAGUUUUAAGCUAAAA